GGUGUACAAUGACUAAUGACUAAUGACCAUUCUGAUUGUGUCUAGGUCUAACAUAGAUGAUCCUAAUUCUGGUUGCCGGUUAAAGAAGGUCGGUCGAGGUUGGGCAAAGGACUCGAAUUGCAGAGAAAAUGAGCAGCGCCAUCUUCAAAGCGGCAAACAGCAACAAUCUCCAUUCCUCUCUCAGGGCCGCACUCUUCCAUUCCACUCCUCCCUUGCAACGCAAAAGGCGCAAUUAUUGGGACUCCAGAGGCAAUAACCAUUACUCCAGAAGGUUUAGAAGGAUGCAAGCAAAACACAGAGUAAUGCAGAGUGUCAACGAUUAUGCAGAAUUCCUGUUUCAGAGCUGGAAGGAAGAUACUGACAAGGAAGAUCCAUCAUCAAGUCGAGGCACCUCAUGGUUUAAAAAACAAUAUUCUGGUGGGGGCUCUAAAAGGUACAGGAAUGGCAAUCAAGGAUCAAGUCAUCAGUACAAAAGAGAUCCUUUGUUUUGUGAAGAUGAUUUUGAUGUUGAAACCAUUUUCCGUUCUGCCUUUGGUGGGAAUAGAUUCUUCUAUUGGUCCUUCAUCAAUGACGAAAAUCCUCAGUGGAGGAGGUCUGAACGCUUUUCUAAUUUUGAGAAAUCUUGGAACUGGAGAUAUCGGAAUGAAAAUGAUUAUGACUCUUCAUCCGAAACUGAUAGUUCUGAUUCAGAUUUAGUUCCUGAUAGAUUAGCCCUCGGAUUGAAUGCUUCUGGUCCCCUUAAACUUGAAGAUGUAAAAAAUGCCUACCGGGUCUGUGCUCUAAAAUGGCAUCCAGAUCGUCAUCAAGGUUCUUCCAAGGCUAUGGCAGAAGAGAAGUUCAAGCAUUGCAGUGCAGCUUAUCAAUCUUUAUGUGAUAAGCUGGCGUUGGAUUAAGGAUCCUUUAGACAUUCUAAUCCUUUUCUAGAAGUCUCCAACCAGCUCAUACCAGAUGCUUGACCGUGCUGAAUUAUUUAACACCUCAAUCCUGCUUGCAUUCAUUGUAUUUUGUAGUUUUGAGCAAUUUUAUUUGAUAACCAAGGAAAUAAUGUUUAUGCUAUUUUACAAUUACAAAUGUACCAUUUAUUGUCUCUGUAAUGUAUUUGUACAAUUGUACAUGUUCGUAAUUUACAUUUUUUUCCCACAUUAAUCAGCUGAUUAUAUUCAGAAUC